CGGCGAGUCUGUUACAUGCCCUGUCUUCAGAGGGACUUUACUGCAAAAUUUAAUCCUAUAAGUUUUGUCUGGUGUUUUGUUUUCCCACUGAUGAAGAGGAGAACAGCAAAGAUGCCUUUCAGCCGUGUUUCCCAGUGAGCCAAAUGAGAAGACUGUGACGCUGCGUUCUUGAAUGGAUCAAAUUAACAGUCUGCUGGCGAGCAAAGCCUCCGAGCCUCCUCCUCACAGACCGCUGUUCAGACAGCAUCGCCACCGCUCAUCCUGAUGGGUUGUCUUAACUCCACCAGUGGAAAUGAGACUUUGCCCGGCAGGCACCCGUACACUCUGCAGACCUCGGUGCCCCUGACCAUCCUGGUGGGGAUCCUCAUCCUGCUGACUGUUUUUGGAAACGUCCUGGUAGUCAUCGCUGUGACAACAAGCCGAGCCCUGAGAGCACCUCAGAACUUGUUUUUAGUCUCUCUGGCGUCGGCAGACAUCCUGGUUGCCACCUCGGUGAUGCCCUUCUCUUUGGCGAAUGAACUGAUGGGUUACUGGUACUUUGGCAAGGUGUGGUGUGAGAUCCAUCUGGCUCUGGACGUGCUCUUCUGCACCUCGUCCAUCGUUCACCUGUGCAGCAUCAGCCUGGACCGAUACUGGUCUAUAACUCAGGCGAUUGAGUACAACCUGAAGAGGACGCCGCGCAGGAUUAAAGGCACAAUCUUCAUGGUUUGGGUGCUGGCGGCCAUAAUAUCAUUCCCUCCACUUAUCACUAUGAAAAAGGACGAAGGCGAAGAGGACAGACCUGAAUGUAAAAUUAACGACGAGAAGUGGUACAUUAUAUUCUCCAGCACUGCCUCCUUCUUCGCGCCCUGCGUCAUCAUGAUCAUGGUGUAUGUCAGGAUCUACCAGGUUGCCAAGAAAAGAACCAGAUCCCUGCCAGGGGAGAAGCAACGCCAGAAUGGAGACACUAAGUGCGCUUUGGACCCCGUGGAGGGAAAGGACAUGGAAGGGAGAGAGUUGGAGGUAGGGGAGGGCGGAGAGGUCAACGGGUUGGACAUGGAGGAGGAACCCUCCUCUUCUGAUGGAAAUGAGACCGUCCUGUGUUCCCUGAAGAAGAAGAGGGGUCUCAGAGCAACCAAAGUGGCUCAGGUGGCGCAAGGAGAGGCGCCUCCGAAGCCGGAGGUGCCGCCCAGUGUGAGAGCGAGCAGGUGGAAAGGACGGCAGCACAGAGAGUGGCGCUUCACGUUUGUUCUGGCCGUGGUCAUGGGAGUGUUCGUUCUCUGCUGGUUCCCCUUUUUCUUCACGUACACGCUCACUGCCGUGUGCGACACCUGCUGCGUCCCAGAGACACUGUUCAAGAUGUUCUUCUGGUUGAGUUAUUGCAAUAGUUCCGUAAAUCCUUUGAUAUACACUAUAUUCAAUAAUGACUUCAGGAGGUCAUUUAAAAAGAUCCUUUGCAAACGGGACAGAAGAGGCUUAUGAAUAAGAUUUGUAUGUAUGCACUUGAAUAUAAUGCAUUUUUGACGCUCUCCAUUAAUGCUCCCAUCAGCGUAAAUAUUACAUUAAACAGAUAUUUGAAGAUAUUUAUUGAAUUGAUAUGUUGUUUUAAGAUUUUGUGUCAUUUCAUGUCUGAAAAUGUGUGUUUUGUAAGAUUUGAUCAUGCACAAAUAUCUACAGUUUGUGUUACAGCUAGUAUUCCACCGUGACCACCUGUGACUGCAGACUCUAACAUUGUACAACUGUGAAAAA